GACAGUUAACGACGGGACACUCAAUCGAAAAGUACGAUUUGCCGGAUGAACCGAGAACAUCCUAACCGCCUUUCAAAGAAAUAUAUAAAAUACAAGUGAAUAUACUAAAAAUUCUUCAUUCAUAUACUCCAAGUUUGCCAGCAUUUCAUAUCAUGUUUGAAGGUACAAGAAGAAGAAAAAAGUGAAAAGGGUAAAUGGUAACAACGCCGAAGUCGGUAAUUGGCAAGGCAACAACAAAAAGGUGCCAAGAUUCGUUACAUUAAAAACACUUGAUAAGACCUUUCGAAAUUAAGUGGCAAUAAAAAUAAUAAUAAAUGAAAGCAAAAAAUUAAUUGUUGUGUAAGAAAGCGCCAAAGUCAAUGAUUCGCCUGUGAAGUUGUGCGUUGAAGGCGGUUAGGCCGCAACGAAGUGUUGAUACUGUCAGUGCGGAGUACGCAUAGUGAAAUCGGGAUUCAAAUUUGAAUCGGCAUCGAAAGCGGCAACGGCAAAGGGAUCACUCUACACAGUGGGUGUGAAUGCGUGCGAGAGUUGAUUAAAACAAUACAAGAGAAUUAAAAGUAAUAACAACAAGCAGCUAGCAACCACUGGAGAGGCACUUACUCAGCCAAAGCAACAAGAUAAAGAAAUAGAAAAUUAUAAAACAACAACUGCAACAGCAAAAAAAUAAUAAUACAAGUCGUUAUAACGGCGCAAGUGCCAACGUUGACCUCACUGGUGUGACAGACGACGCCUGACGACCCCGACCGCGACCUCCGUUCAUCGAUACAAACGGGUAAUAAACGGGCCUGUAUGUGUUUAUAUGUAUGUGGGUGUGAGUGCAAAAAUGUUGUGGCAUACCAAUUCAACCAAUUUAACCACUCGUAACCCGCAUGCUGCUUUGUAAAGGGAUAAGCAUCUGUUGACGUUGGAGUGGCAGCCCACAACAUUAUUGAUAGCAAACACGAACAACAACAACAAUGCAGAAUAUUUGCUUAUGCAACAAACAACAAUAAAAUAGCUUAUAAUUUAAGCUUCACAUAACUAACGAGCAAAGUGCUCGUAAAUCGGUUGAAAGUGGCGAAGGACAAUGGCUGAGCGUCAGCAGCGGGGCGGCGAGUAGCGGACAACAAUGUAUACAAAUAGGUUUAAAAUUGGCAUUUGAAGCGAUAGAAGCGUUUAGAUAUAGAAUAAAUAAAGCUUGUUGUGGUUAUAUGGACGCUUGUAACUGUUGAGUGGCAAAUUCAGCGCUUGCCAACUCCAAUCACCUUCGAUUUCGCUGCUGCCACCUCUCAUAUUAUAAACACUCUACUGCGCUCUUCUAAUCUCGCUUACUGGCUUCUUUAACCAGGCGUUAAUGCUAAGGUGUGGUUUUAUAAAUAGGUUAGGAAUUGGCUCUAUUUCAAAUUAUAUCCAAAGCCAGCCACAAAUCUAAUCUGAAACAACGAAAUCAACCGAAUCAAUUUGCUGAAAAUACACGUAACGCAGUUGAAGUGUAUGGAGAGAGAGUAAGCUAGAGGGAGAGAUAAAAAAUAGGCAAUAAAUAGAGCAGAUUCCGGUCGCCAAUCAGCCACGCAGCCAAGCAUGCAACCAACCAACCAAAGAUCCUAGCCGAGUCAUCAAACAGCAAAAACAAAAGAAGCCAAAGCUACCAAAUAACUAAAUUGAAAGAAAUUGUAAAAAACCGAAAGACACAAAAAAUACCAAAUAAAUUGAUAAAAUCAACCAAAAAAUAAGAAAGUAUACGCUAAAACUUGAAUCCAAGGCAGAUAAACCUUUGCAAGGACACAGCACCUCAUAAUAAUACUAGCAGCCUUUUCGCAAACAACAAAUACUAACAACUAUCGACUCGCUGACCCAAGAGAACUUGCAACAAGCGCCUGAAAAAACCCCAACAAAAAAAUAAAUAAAAUAUAGACACAUUCGUAUCGCCAUCAACAUUUUCCUCAUCAUCCUCGAAACACUUAUUGCCCACUUACCGCACUGAAAGUGCGCAAUUCAUUCGCUACCGCCCUUUCACUUACACUCCUUCAACAUCAACCCACGCUGCUUUACGGGCGUACCACCUUCUUGGACUAUAAACCAGCUGCUUACUCACAGCUGAGUUAGUAAAAACAACGAACGGAACAAUGGAAGAUGCUCCAUCGCCGCCAAAGAAGAGCACCACACUGUCCGUGGACCGUGCAGCGUUUCUACUGUUGCGUGUUAAGAAAGCAUUCAAGAAGAAGCGUCAACAACGCAAAGAGAAACAGACGCAAGCUGCCAAUGCCGCUUUAAUAUCACAGGCGCGUUCCGGCCGCAAGUUGCCGCCCCCUCUGCUGCGUUCGCGCACCCUGCCAGCGAUUAUUGUGCCUGGCAUUCCGGUCGUCUCGCUUAAUACGGAUCGACAAUUUGACGAGCGUGCUAGCGGUCUUCUGGGCACCAAGUCUGGCAGCGGUACCAGCACCGGCUGUGGCGGCACAAAUCGUUGGUCUCUGCUCAGCCGCCAAACACCGACAACGCCUGGUUACACUAAUAACAACAACAAUAACAAUAUGGUGAAUAUAAAAUCGUUGAAUUUGCCAAAAGACGACAUGGGUGUCUAUCGGCGUAAGUCCUCCGGCAGCACUACGGGGCACAGCAGCACCAGCGCUAGCAUCAGCGGCACACCGGUCGUCGGCUCACAAGUGGCAGAUGCGGCUUUGCUGAUGCCGACCUGCGAAGAUUUUGAGUGUCAUGCUGCCGAUGGAUCAGUGUUGCUAAGGAUUCCCGCACCGCAUGUUGUGGCUGCACGAGCUUAUCGCCUGGCAUCGAAGAAGCGCAACACCUGCGCCAGCAAUACUCACGACAGUCAACAAAGGCAGCAACAACAGCAGCUGGGCGGCAGCAAUGUGUCAACAGCUGCGGGUGUAGCGGCAAUGGGUGGCAACGCUGGCGAGCUACAACAACCGUCCACACCUGAGGGCACUAGCAGCGGUUAUGGUGAGGUAACUGGCAGCACCGCGAACACGGCGUUGACACGUCGGCUGGCCAAGCUGCUGCAUCAGUCGAGUGUGACGGCCUCGAGGCUGACGGCAGCACCGUCGUCGCAUUCCGAUCACACAACUGCCAGCGCCACAGCCACCGCAAACAAUCUCCUGCCAAUUAUGGCUGCUGCGACGUCAAGAGAUGGCGGUGGCCGCGAUGGCAGUGGCAGCUGCUUGGAAGAGGCCCCACGGCGACUUUCAUGGGAACGGCGAAAGGACAGCAGUGCAUUGCAACGCUCAGCCAGCAUUGAUUCCUUCGCCGAGAUUGUAUUUAGCGACACGCCGCGACCAUCACUCGACAUCCCACGCCCCACCGUGGUGCCGUUCAGUAAGCGCCCCUCGGCCAGCAGCUUGUUCUCAAACUGCAGCACCACUUCGCAAACAACCCAAUUGAAUAUCAAUUACGGUGCCGGUGGCGAUCUCUGCAGCAGCGGCAGCAGUGCUGGUAACAGUCGACGCGAAAGCCUCUUAAGUCCAUCGUCAACACGCCGCAAUAAGCUGACCAGAAUUAUAAACGGUAACUAUGAUUCCAAUAAAAAUCGUCACAACGAAAAUGAUACAUAUUACCAGAAAUAAAGUGAAAUCUAUAAAGCAGUAUGAAUCUAAAAAAAUACGCAAGAAUUGGUCAACGAAGAAUACAGCUCUGUUGUUUUUACGCCAGACGAUUCUACAUAACCCGAACGGACCCGCAUUAUCAUCCCACCAAGCAUUUUGAACUCUGCCACAUUCUUCAAAGGUAUGUUUUCUACCACUACCACCACAACAAAGACCUUCCGAUUAAAAGUGAUUUCAAACAAGAAAAAAUCCCAACUUCUGUUGCACCGAAGGCAUAAUACCAUGCUCGAAUAAAAAACUUUGCCACACAAGAACUCGAUUUUGAUGGUGUUAUAGUCGUCCGAUUUCGUGAAGAUAUCGUGUCAAAUAAAAAAAAGUUCCAUACAAGGAAUGGACGGUCAGUUUGUAUGGCUGCUGUAUGUUGUAAAGUACCGAUAUUGGCGGUUUCGAAAAAUGAGCAGCUUCUCGAGGAGAAUAGAAAGCGUGCAAUAUUUCAGAUUGAUAUCUCAAAAACUGAGAGACUAGUUCGAGUGUAUACAAACAAGACAUGGCCAAAUCGUAAAUUAUUAACAAACUAUUGAACAUUCCUCAAUAUUGAAAUAGUUUAUUGACUUAUUUCUUCCUGGGUAUCUGAUUUGAGCUAUACAAAUUUUUCUUGAAUAAAGAAGUAUUCUUCAAAACUGGAAAA